GAUAGAAAUCUUCAUAUUACCAAAAGUUAUUACAACAGGGUCAGCGAUGUUAUAGGCUACAAAAGGCUUCCACUAAAUUUACUACAGAUCGUCCGGACUUUUGAUGGUAAUGGUUUACUUUAUAUCAUCUGGUAUUUUGUAAAUAAUGUUAGAGCCAUUCUCAGCGGGGAGUUAUUUCAUUUACACUGUCUUGUUGAAAAUAGGGUAAGUGGUUGGCAUGCCCUGAACGCGUUUUCAUUUAAGUGUAUAUAAAGACAUUGGAAGUUAUUUUUACAUCUGAUACUCUAUAAUUAUCAUCAUGGCUGAUUUCUACCAAUUCCUGUUGUUCUGACGCCGGCUCAACGACGACAGAACGAUAUUUUCUUUUGUCUCAUUGUCUUUUUCUGCCCUACCUCCCCUCCCACCACAACCACCAAAACGCCAAAAGAAAAAUGCAGCACGAUAGAACGAAAGAACGACAGUUAUUCACUCACUAAUACGGCGCACUAAAACUGUUGCCUUGUCGCUCUGUCGUUGUGACUGGGUGGCAGAACAAGAUAAUGAAACAAUUUUAUAUCGUUCUUUCAAUGGCAGGCGCGGCGCAGAAAAACAGGACAAAAUGCUAUAGCGAAAAUAAAAGAGCAAACUAUUGCUUUUUUGUUGUAGGUGUAGCUACAAGACGAAAUUGUCAGAAAUAAGUCGUCAUUCUCAAUAAAAAAGACUGAUCGCUAGACAAGGAAAAUUAAUAUUUUGUUACUGAUUGUAAAUUGAGAGACAAUAACAGUACCAGGAAGUUUUAUUUAAGUAUACUCUUAAUAUAUGUGACAUAGUGAUCUUAGUAGAUAUGAACUUCAGGUUGUGAUAACAAGAAAAAAAUAAGGAUAAAACUACGUGCCAGUGUAAGACCGCCGUGAUAAUACUUGUGACAUUUUCAAGAAUUUAGAAAAUAAAAAGAACACAUAAGAUAUAUAGAAGACGAAAUCGGAAUGGGUAAUGAAACUUCUUUAACAGGUACUGCCACAGAAUAUUUAAGAUGCAAGAACCACUUCAUUCUCCGGCGAAAACACGAUAUCAAAGAUAUGAUAGAAGGGUGCAUUGACGACUCUGUUAUGCUAAAAUUUCGACAACUAUCAACCAGUGAAAACCAACAUAAAGAGAACAACCCUCCAAGAGGAUUGCUAGCAGCUGCCAGACAAUAUGCUGAAGCCAUAGAAGAAGUGAGAGUUUUUGAAGAAAUACAAAGUGAAGUUGAGCACCUAAACACAGAGGAAUUACAAAGACAAAUCAGAAUAACAAACAAUGAAUUAUCGGAAAUGAAGAGGAAAUUUGAAAGAUUGUAUCAAGAACUGAUCUCGCUGAAAGAAGGGUAUGAGGCAUCAAAUCAGAUGUUUAUUUCCUUAAGGCGAUAUUCAGAAAGGAAAAGAAUAUUAAAAGCUUUCAUAACUCAAAACACUGACGCUUUUCCAGGAUCACUGGUGCCGUUAUCUGGAGAUUGAAAAUGACGAUGCUCAAGUUAGUAGCAGCGUUAAAUACAUGUAUGGAAUAAAAUUUAUUGUAUGUGUCACAAAUAAAAUUGAAACUCGGAGAAAUUUGUGUCACUAUUAAACUGUCAUUGUUUUGAAUGUUUGUAAUUACGUUGUUUUAAAAAGGAACUUUACAUAUUUUUGUAGUGCUGCAAUUAUUGCCGACAUCAAACUCAAAAUAGGAAAUACUUUGCUGCAACUCGGCAAGUACAGUAUUUACUAGGCCUUUAUCUGGUUCCUGUAAUUGAUUUGAUAAUGAACUUGGUCGGAAGUGAGACAGAAUCUUGAAAACCAACAUCAACACAUUGACAAGCCCAUUGAUAUCAUUUGACUAUGAAUGCGGAUCGUAAUUAUUGACUUAACUCGAAGCAUAUUCAGGAGAGACAACUCUGUGUCUUUUUAGUUUUUCAUAAAAUGUUAAUAUUAUUAGGAAAUGAAUGUUGACAUUGUCGUGGGUCUGAAAUUUAGCGUUCUGCAUUUAUUUAUUGAAAUAUUUGUUAUCCACUUUGUAAGGACUUGUCCUGAAUGCACGUUAUCCUGACAGCAAUUGAGGUCACAGUAGAAAGUAGAUAUGAGUCGCGCCAUGAGAAAACCAACAUGGUGCAUUUGCGACCAGCAUGAAUCCAGACCAGCCUGCGCAUCCACGCAGUCUGGUCAGGGUCCAUGCUGUUCACUAAUGGUUUCUCUAAUUGCAAUAGGCUUUGAAAGCAAACAGUAUAGAUCCUGACCAGACUGCGCGGAAGCGCAGGCUGGUCUGGAUCCAUACUGGUUGCAAAUGCACCAUGUUGGUUUUCUCAUGGCGCGGCUCAUAUUUAUUUUCGUUAUUAUAAUGACGCAUUCGCUAUAAUUUGUGAUAUGCAAAGACAAUUUGUGCAUAAAUACCAGGUACACAGUAAUGUUUUACACCGGACUUAAUACCAAUUUGUCAAAACUAUAGGCGUUAGGGAGCGUCGUUAUUUUUCGUCGUAUUUAUGUAUUCCAUUUUUUCUGUUAUCUGAAGGUUGCUGAUUGGUGUGCUAUAGUGUAAUGACAUAGAAUGUUUUGUUCCACAUGGUGACUGAAUAGAUGAAUUGUCUGUACUGGUGGAGGAUAAUGGCUGAUCUAGACCUAGUGAUUCUGAAUAGUCAAAAAAAUGAAGAAUUAAAAUGUGGUACACCACAAUUUGUA